AUGGGCUUUGCAGAUAUUCUUGACAGUUUAGGAGGCAUGGGCCGCUUUCAAAGGAUGUCCGUGGCGUUUCUAGCUAUCCCGCUCAUGAUGCUGGCCGGUCACAACCUCCUGCAGAACUUCACGGCAGGUAUCCCCGGACAUCACUGCCAGAUCCGCAUCACAGCCAAUCACACCCGCCACGCCGGCAACAUCACCGCUCCCCUGGGAGCCGAACAUCUCCUCCGGAUCUCCAUCCCGAUGGAAGGCGACCGGCGGGCUGAGCGGUGUCGCCGCUUCACCGCCACCCAGUGGCGCCUCCUCGACCCAAAUGUCACCCUGGGCAACGACACUACUGCGGAGACAGAACCGUGCGUUGACGGGUGGACGUACGACCGCAGCGUCUUUGCCAACACCAUCGUCAGUGAGUGGGAUUUGGUGUGUGACUCCCGGACCAUGAGGCAAAUGGCUCAGUCCAUCUACAUGGCUGGAGUCCUGAUCGGAUCAAUCAUCUUAGGGGGCCUCGCAGACAGGUUCGGCCGGAAAGCCAUCCUCGUCUGGAGUUACCUGCAGAUGGGGGCAGCGGGCGCCUGCACCGCUUUCGUGCCAAAUUUCACUGCUUACUGCGUCCUCCGCUUCCUGUGCGGAAUGGCCAUGUCAGGGAUAUCGCUCAACUCCGUCUCGCUGUGCAUGGAGUGGAUCCCAACCAAAUACCGUGCCAUUGUGGGCACCAUCAACGGUUACUGCUACACCACUGGGCAGUUCAUCCUGGCCGGAGUGGCGUACGCCAUCCCUGACUGGCGUUGGCUGCAGCUCACUGUCUCGCUGCCUUUUUUUGUAUUCUUCCUCUACUCCUGGCUGUUUGUUGAGUCGGCACGCUGGCUGACAAUUUCAGGGAAACAGGAGCAGGCGUUGAAAUGUUUGAAGAGAGCUGCCUGGAUAAACGGGAGAAAGAAAGAAGGAGACAAACUCAGUAUGGAGGUGUUGAAAUCCAGCAUGCAGAAGGAGCUCCCCUCGACCAAAUCCAGCCACACAGUUGCUGACCUGGUGCAGACCCCUGCCAUUCGCAAAAUCUCUUGCGGGGUGUCUUUCAUCUGGUUUGCCACUAGCUUUGCCUAUUAUGGGCUGGCCAUGGAUCUCCAAAACUUUGGCUUCAACCUCUAUCUAACCCAGCUGGUCUUUGGUGCCGUCGACUUCCCGGCCAAGUUCAUCUCGGUGAUGACCAUCACUUUCGUGGGCCGUCGCUUCUCCCAGGCUCUGUCGCUCAUCCUGGCUGGGCUGUGCAUCUUGGCCAACAUCUUUGUGCCUCAAGAUCUGAACAACCUGCGGAUGACGUUUGCCGUAAUUGGGAAGGGGUCUCUGGCCGCCUCGUUCAACUGUGCCUACAUCUUUUCUGGAGAGCUUUUCCCGACUGUUAUCAGGCAAUCAGGGAUGGGGCUUGGCGGAACCAUGGCCCGCGUGGGAAGCAUGAUCGCCCCUCUGGUGAAGAUGUCAGGGGACUUUUUCCCACCACUACCGCUCAUCAUCUAUGGGGCUGCUCCCAUCAUCUCUGGCGUCGUCACCUGUUUCCUCCCGGAGACUCUGAACGUCCCGUUGCCAGAGACGAUUGAGCAAGUGGAAAGACAGUCACGGCCCAGCCAAGAGGAUGAGCAGCAAAUGAAGGUUUUGAUUUCACCGACCAAGCCUGAUCCCAACAAAGAGGGCAGUUAA